GUUUAAAGGAGGUGGCGGGAAGCUGCUGUGAGGUGGGCAUUUUCGCCCUGAAGGCUGUCACGAUCUUUAACCACCAAAAAUAACCAGCCAAGAUGUCUGUCGAUCCCAUGACCUACGAGGCCCAGUUCUUUGGCUUCACACCCCAAACAUGCAUGCUUAGGAUCUACAUUGCCUUUCAAGAUUACCUGUUUGAAGUGAUGCAAGCUGUGGAACAGGUGAUUCUGAAGAAGCUGGAUGGCAUCCCAGGCUGUGAGAUCAGCCCGGUCCAGAUUCGUACAUGCACAGAGAAAUUCCUUGGCUUCCUGAAAGGGCGUUUCGAUCAUCUGUUUGGCAAAAUGGAGCAGCUGUUUUUGCAGUUGAUUCUGCGUAUUCCCUCAAACAUCUUGCUUCCUGAAGACAAAUGUCAAGAGUUGCAUCCUUGUAGUGAGGAAGAAAUCGAGCUUCUCCAACAAGAAAUUCAGCAUUUGCAGGAAAAGUUCAAGACUGAAUUGUGUACCAAAGAGGCCCUUCUUGCAGAAUUAGAAGAGCAAAAAAUCGUCCAAGCUAAACUCAAACAGACACUGGCUUUCUUUGAUGAACUUGAGAACGUUGGCAGAGAUCAUGGAACUAGUGAUUUUAGGGAGGGUUUGGUGUUCCUAAUCCAGAACUCCAGAAAACUCCAGAACAUCAGAGACAAUGUGGAAAAGGAAAGCAAAAAACUGAAAAUAUUUUAAAUUCUUAUCAUUGACAAAGAGAUUGUCAAAAAAAAUGUUAAGAAAUUUGCACCAAUGACUGUCCAAAAGAAACGCAUAUCUUAUUAGACUUUGUUUGCUAUGUAGAAUCCAUAUCUUCCUGCCUUUUGAUGCAUUUUCCUGAAAGAUCUCUGUAUUCCCUUGAAA